UCAGGCUCCGUUGAUAAUGGAGUUUUGGAAAAGGUUGGUACUCUUUUGAAAGAGGAAUCAUUAAAUGAAAUAUCACAGUUUUUAUCCAAAGGGUUUGGGAAUCAGCUUCUACAAAGUUGGUCUUAUUUUGCUCAAGUUAACGAUCAUAGAAAAUUCACAACUUCCACAAUAUCACUAAGCAAGUUGUUGGGAUUCAUUAGUAACAAUGAUGAGCUUCAAGAAUAUGGUGUUCAGUUAAUUAAGGAUAUCUUAACUAGUUACAUCAAAACAAUUUACAGAGGUUUAAACAGUAUGAGAGCUUCUUUAACAAACCCUAUUAUCAGACUACUUAAUGAAAUAGUGAUUUUCAAAAAUGGUGCACUGAUUGAUGAUUUUGUUGCGUUGUUUGAUUUCACAUUACCAGUACUACCAAAAUUGUUAAAUCCAUCAAAAUCAGAAUUGUCAAAUAUCGAAGGUACAAAAGAAAAAGAACAUCUUUCGAUGAGAUAUUGCUUUAUCAGAUUUUUGUUGAAUCUGCUAAAAUACUCUGCUCCACUUCUUAGAAAAGACUUACUUCUAAGCAAUAGUAAGAUCAUGAUUAACUGGUUCAAGCAUAUAUGUACCAUUGAUAGUGAUGGAUUGAUAGGAUUAACCAUCUCUGUUUGGGACGAAAAAAUUAUCAAAGAACAAAGCUUUAAGAAGGCAACAAAAAUCAAAGUUUUCAAUGAAUGGAAUCUUUCAAAGUUAUUACCAAUAUAUUACACCAAGGACAAAGAGCUGCGUUCAGUGUUUGAUAAAUUCAUUCUUUCAUUAGCCACAGAUUCCAAAUAUGGGUUAAGAUUCAAUGAUGAUGAAGCUUGGUUCUUACAAACUUCAGGGUCAGGCACCAUCAGUGUAAAUGGUAAAUCUUUCAAAACCCACAACAAAUUACUUUAUGGUUUAAUUACAAAUUUAAAACCUUGGGAUGAUGAUCUUCAGCUAAAUACGACAAUUCAAAUUUUGAAAGCUUCUCCAGAAAUGAUACCUCCGUUCAUGAACUAUUUGGCAUCUCGUGGUUUACAUGAUCCAAAACUUUCAUCGUACUGGCUUGGGCAAACUUUGUUAUUGAGUAAAGUGAUCUGCUUGGAUAUACCUGCUGAUAUUGAGUCGCAUGACGCCAUGGUUCCACCUUCCACAAAUAUAAUGAUAGAGCUAGUUGUUCCUUGCGUAUUAAAUAGAGCAGUCUUAGCAAGAUGUUUGAUCUCGGAUUCAUUCCUUAUUAGACAAUUGUCAUCACAAUUGAUUAUUAACUCCAUCCUGAAACUUGAACAAAUCAUAUCACUUUAUUCCAAGAAAGGUUGGGACGAGGCAAAGAUACAAUUGUUAAACAAAGUCCGUUUGUCCCUUCCAGAAAUUUCCACAGUUUUGAACAGUUUAACAGAUUCUUAUAACAAGAAAAGUGAAAACAAGAUAUUGCUGCUAACGCUUUUAAGUGUCGUCAAUGGUUACAUGAAGCUGUUUUCGGAGUCAUUGAACUUUUCUCAACAGUUAUCCAAACCUUACUCUGAUAUAAUCAAUGAGAAACAAUUCAAAAGUAUUGAUUUUGUCUUGUUAGAUAGAUUCUUCCAGUUACAAGAGGGUGAUAGCACACAGUUAAAAUGGUGGAAUAAAACUGAUAAAUCAAUUUCACUAUUCACUUCCUUAUUGAAGCUUGCAUCUUCAAAUGAUUCAACAAACAGUGCAGUUUCAGCUAAAAUCACUAACUUAUUAUGUGGUCUUGUUAAACAAACAGUUGUUUUCAAUCACGAGGAGGCAAAGGUGAAUCAAAUAGAGUUGCUUGUCCAUUCUUUACAGCUUGUAACUUCAAUUGGAGGUAUAGACAAUCCCCAGAUUGAGAAAAUUUGGAAAUUAUUAGAUGAAUCAGUAUCAAGAUGUGUUCGGGCACCUUUCAAGUAUCUUGAUUCUUCAAAAGACUUACAAAGGAUUAGUCCUUUACUAGUUACCAUCUUUGAGCAAUGGAAGUUUGUUGACAAAGAAACACCAUAUGACUUGACUUCAAAAUGGUUUGCUAUAUUUUUAAGACUUUUGGUCAUUGCUGGUGAACCAAUUAGUGCAAUUGAAAAAUUGCUUGAGGGUGUUGAUCUUGAUUGUUCAAUUUCUGACUACUUGCCCUCUGGGCCAUAUGAGGAAAACCUUCAGAAACUUCAGAAUGAUCCAAUAUUGAAAGUUGAACCAAAUUCUUCAUUUUUUGACUCAAUAACCACUGCAACACUGAAUAAAAUUCAAAAUAAUGUCAAGCUACCUACAUCACAUUUAGAUCUGGUUGGUGCGUUAUUCAGAGUUUUGCAAAUUUCCAAUGAUAACACCCUAAAGUUGAAUCAAAGUGGGCUGGAAAAGAUUAUUGUUGACAUCUUAUCAAAGGUUGGUAACUACCUGAUCGGAAAUACAGAAGCCACAAAAGAAUUUUCAAAUAAGAAGUAUUGGCUGCCAUUGUUUGUUACAGAAAAAAAAAAUGAUAAAACUGCCUUCAUAUCCUGCACACUUGCUGAAAUUUUUUCACAAUUACCAGAAUUCAACAAUUUUGAUUUCAAGGCAGUCAUUAAUGAGUUGCUAGAGAAAAAGACAUCUUCUGAUGAGGAUUCUGUUAUUGCUGCAUGUUUAUGGGCUCUUGACGACUCAACGCUAUUAAAAGUUCUUGAGAACGAUAGUUUGUUAUUGAAACAAGAAGCUUUGUCACUCCUAUCAAAGAGAAAAGUCUCAUUAAGCUCCAUCAAUAUUGCUUCAUUGGCACAAGAGCCUGCUCUUUUACCUCUAAUUGAACACUUCGUUUCAUUGAACCUUGUUGCUUUUGAUAAUCUAGAACCAUUGUUUACUACACUUUCAAGUGAUCACUCAAGAUUCUCGUUGUUCAAUUUACUCUCUCAAAACCUUGAUAUUAUCCCCCAACUGCUAGAAUUUGUUAUACUUAAAGAUGACCCGGUUUUGACUUGUUAUGUUUGUUCAUCCUUGUCAGCAGCAGCAGUUUCUUCUAUUGAUAAUGGAACAUUCAUGAAGUUAAUUGAAGUUGCAGAAUUAUAUGCUAUUGAACAUAUCAAAAAAGAAGAUUUUGAGAUCAUAUCAUUUCCUCAGCUUUUGAAUAUAUUUGUCCACUCCACAUCAAAUAUCGAUGCAGAAGUUCAACAACUAAUUUUAUCAUAUGCGUUAACAAAAUACAGCAACAAGUAUAUUCAACAAAUUGCCGAAAUAAUCGAACGCUUCAAUUGUUUCCAAGAUGAUCUUGUUAAGGUGUGGAUUAAUAAAUCAAUUUUGUUCAUGACUAAGGUCUUUUCUGAAGUCAAACAACUUCCAGCAUCUUUCAUUGCGUUUUUGAAAAGUUUCAAAUCAUUAUUAUCAAAAUCAGGAUCUAUUCAAGUCGCCAACAAAUCUAAUUUGAAUACACUAUUGGAAGCCAUUUUUACUAGAUGGGUAGCUGAUGAGACACCAUUAGAAUUCGCGGCCAUGAUUAUUGUUGUUGCCUCAAAAGCUUCAUUAGAAACUACAAAGUUAUUGCAAAUUUUUAUAGCGAAUGAUGAUAUUGCUUUUCUGAAUAAGAAUCAUGCCACUUCCAGAUCAAGAUUUUUGUCUGCUUUGAUCUUAUGGAGAUUGUUUGAAUUUGAUGUCUCAAAAAAUUCUAGUUUAAGUUUACAAGAGAAGAUAUUAAUGUUUUACAAUGGUACAAAUAAUGCAGAAGAUCAGCUAUUAUAUAAAAUUCUGGAAAAGAUAGAAACCAGAUUGAAUAGCUCAUGGGUUGAUUUGGUUUAUACCUGGGACUUCCUUGACUCUUUAACUGAUGAAGAAACUGAAUUAAUUGGUGAAACUAAAUUUAUUGAGAAAAAGAAAGAAGGCUUCAUUGUUACAUUGAGCAAAACUAAAAUCACAAAUACUAUAGAAAACUACUGCAUUUCCAAUUUUGAGGUUCCAUCAUUAAACUCUAGUGGCUUUGGAAAUUGGAACAAGAUUCAAAGUUUUUAUGAGGAAGUUGAGUCUGCUGUUUCCAAGAAGGAUUCUUACAAUCCGUUGUUCCUAUCAUUGUUAAUUAUCAAUAAUGAAGAAUUGAUGACUUCAAGCACAGAUGGGGAAGAUCAAUCACCAAAAGUGAAUAUGAGAAAACUUGUUGAGUCUGAACUUUUUGCAUUUAUUUUAAUGAACUUAUCAUCACAAGACAAAAACCUUCUACAAGUUACUUUGAAUAUUUUAUCAGCACUACUUCAUUCGUUACAAGGUGAUUCAUCCUUCAAAGAUAAACAUAUUUUUGAAUUGUUUUUAUCUAAGGUUGUUUAUACUUUUAAGAAAACAUCUGAAUUAGGGGAAAGAACAAAUCCACAAGAAUUUUCUCCAUUGAUCUACUCUAUGAUUUCAAAAUUAUCAAUAGUAUUGAACAAUCCUGGCCAUUUCUUAUACGAAAAGGCUUUUAGAUGGAUUUUAAAAUCACCAGUUAUCAGAAAGAAUGAAAUUCCUCUGUUUAAUGAAAUCAGCACGGUGUUAGUUACCAAUGAUGAUGCAAGCCACUACUAUAAACAGCUGGUUUGGUUAAUUGAAGGUUUUGUUACAGGUGUCAAGAAUAAAGAUGAUGUGAAUUUGCUAAGAAAUAAGAAUGUUUUUGAAUGGAUAUUGAAUUUAGAAUCAUCUCCAUAUAUCACCUCACAGUUGAAGUUCUUGAUCUUAGAUUUCAUCAAGAGUGUCCAAGAUGUUGAAGAUGGUGCAGAUAUGUUGGUCACGCGUUAUGGUGGUUUGGCAAAUAUUGAACAGCAAUUAUCUGUUGAUGAGCAUAAUGGUGAAUUGAUCACUAUCAACAAUGAACUGGUUAAAAAUAAACAAGAGGUUCUAAAUUUGAAAGAACUUGGAUUACGUUAUUCAAUAAUUGGUCAAAAUAAGAAAAGAAUUGCCAAUUGGACUCAUGAUGAUGUU